UGAAGGGUAGCGGACCAGACCCGUAUGAUGACGUUCCCUCAGUGGUUCCAGCUGCUGAAAAACGUCUUUGAGAGUUUCCUCCUCUUCCUGCAGCGGAUCAAGGCCACUCAGACCGUGAUUAAAAACGUGGUUCUGGAGGUUCUGGCGUCGACGCAGAAGCUCCGCCUCCUGGAGGAAGCCGCUUUAGUUCAGGAGGCCCCCCCCGGCCCGGAGCUUCUUCAGGGCGGGGGGGCGGAGCUGGCCUACCUCACCCACGAGGGGCUGUUCAUCAGCGACGCUCUGAACGAGGCCCAGCAGGGGGUCCAGGACCAGAGCUCUGUGGGGGGGGCGAGGAACCAGGACCAGAGCUCUGUGGGGGGGGCGAGGAACCAGGACCAGAGCUCGGUGGGGGGGGCGAGGCUCCAGCAGAGGGACUCCGCCUCUGGAUACACAGAGACCUCCGUCAGCCGCGAGCAGAGCUACAUGUAA